AUGGUGGAGCUGGAAAAGCAAAAAUACCUCUACUUCUGCCUUUCUACAAUAGUCUACUCUUUUACAUUGAUAAUAAGUAGUGUAAUCAUAUAUGCCAUUUUGAAGGAGAGAAGCCUCCAUGAACCCAUGUACAUUCUCAUAGCCAGUUUGCUCUUCAAUGAAAUCAUUGGAAGCUCCUCAUUCUUUCCAAAAUUGAUGAUUGACUUGAUCACCUCCUCAAAGAACAUCUCUCGUACUGAAUGCCUUAUUCAAAAUCUCUGCAUUUCUACUUUUGCAGUUUUUGAAAUGACCACUUUUACCAUCAUGGCCUACGACCGUUACUUGGCCAUAUGUCAACCUCUACAGUACAGCAUGCUAAUGACAAGUGAGAAGGUUGUGAAGAUAAUCUCUUGGUGUUGGGGCAUAACCUUCGUGAUCCUCGUCAUGCUUCUUCUUCUGACAGCAGCACUUCCUCUAUGCAGGGAUAAAAUAAACAAUAUUUUUUGUGAUAACAUGUCCCUCAUUGUGCUGUCCUGCGUAAAUUCAUCCAAUAGCAGUUUACCUUCAGCCAUCGUAUUUUCCAUCUACUUUGUCACCACCAUUGUGGUCACUGCUUUUUCCUAUUUAAGAAUAUUCUUUGUGUGCAUGAACUUCUCCAAGGAGUCACGUCAGAAGGCUGUCCACACUGUUGUCACUCAUCUGCUCAACUUUUCAGUCUUCCUAAUUGGAGUGUUUUUUGUUGUGCUUAGAUACAGACUGGAUAAUGUUACCCUUCCACUAACUGUUCAUGUUCUCCUCUCUGUCACCCCUUUGGUGUUCCCAGCACUCUUUAACCCUCUGAUCUAUGGAGUACGGACCCAUGCCCUAAAAAUAAGACUCAUCCAAUAUUUGUGGAAAGCAAAUUUGGGGGGAAAGUGGAAACAAAUCCAUAUGCAUUAA